CAUGUAAAAUCUAUGCACAAGUGCGCACGUUAGCAUUCUACCGUUACUAAAAAUGAAAAUCCCAGACAAAAGAAAUCCAUGUAAUUUCUCAAACUUUCAAGAUUAGGGUUUCGCUUCCUCUCUCUCUUUGGUCUCUCACUUCAACGAACCUGGAAUCAGAAAAAGAAAGUUCAAAGCUUUGAAAUUGGUCAAGAAGAAAUAUAUAUUCUUUAUAUAUUUCUUUUGGAGAUUUUUAGGGGAAAAGAUGGAUGAAGGAGAGGGAGGGGAUCAGAUGGAUCAGUUCCAUAGAAACGAAGCAAUCUCAGCUGUUGCUGACGAGGGUUUCUUAGGUGAAGAAGAUGAUGAUUAUGAGGAUCUUUAUAAUGAUGUUAAUGUUGGCGAAGGGUUUCUUCAGUCUUUAAGAAAAAACGAAGAUUUAGGGUUUAGGAAUGAGGAAACUAAGAAUAGUGCAAAUAAUGUUGUUAAUAAUAAUGAUAUUGGUGAGAAAGUUGGUGGGGCACCAAUGGAUGCUGCACCUGAACCUGGUGUUUCAAAUCCUGGGGUUGCGGAUGGUGUUGGAAGAGGGGAUUCUAGGGUUUCUCAUGAGAGUCAAGGGUUUAGAAGUGGUGCUAUUUGUGAUGUAAAGGGACCUAGUGCGGGUAGCGAUGGUGGUGGAAAUGGGCUUAGGGUUGAAUUAGAGCGAGCAUCAUCUAAGUUGAAUGAUAUGGCUGCAGAGCAGAGUAGGAAUAAUAUCAACAAUAAUUUAUCUGGUGUAGGUGGUAUGGCACAACAGGGACAUGGUGUAGGGAAUAUGGGGAGUGUUGAGAAUGAGAGCUUAAUGAGGCAUGGAGGAGUAGGGGCUGGGAAUGUGAAUGGUGGUGGUGUCAGUGGUCCUAUGAUUGGGAAUGGUGGUGGAAAUGUGGGUGUUGCAGGUGCUGUUCCUGGUCUUGGUCCUGGUCCUGGUGUUGGUGCAAGUGGAUGUGGAAGUGGUGGCGGAGGUAGUGGGACAAUAUUGUUUGUUGGAGAUCUCCAUUGGUGGACAACAGAUGCUGAACUAGAGUCAGAGUUGUGCAAGUAUGGGCCCGUGAAAGAAGUCAAGUUUUUUGAUGAGAAAGCAAGUGGGAAGUCGAAAGGAUAUUGUCAGGUUGAGUUUUACGAUCCAGCUGCAGCCACAGCGUGUAAGGAGGGAAUGAAUGGGCAUAUUUUUAAUGGAAGGCCUUGUGUUGUUGCCUUUGCAUCACCAUUUACUGUUAAGAAAAUGGGAGAAGCUCAAUUAAAUCGGAACCAACAGAUGGCACAGUCUGCUCUUUCACAAGCUAGGAGGGGCCCGAAUGACGCUGGAGGCAAGACUGUUGGCAAUAACAUUCAAACUGGUGGGAAUUAUCAAGGUGGAGAUAAUAAUAGAGGUUAUGGGAGAGGGAAUUUGGGAAGAGGCAAUGCUCAGGGGAUGGGAAAUAGAGCUCCAGGUGGUCCUAUGAGGAACAGGCCUGGUGGGAUGGGUGGUAGAGGUAUUAUGGGAAAUGGUGGAAAUGGUUUUGGACAAGGUAUUGGUGCAACACCUCCUCUCUUGCAUCCACAGUCUAUGAUGGGUCAAGGUUUUGGUCCUGCUUUUGGUGGAGCCAUGGGGAGAAUGGGUGGUUAUGGAGGCUUUCCCGGUGCUCUAACGCCUCCAUUUUCUGGGAUGUUAAAUUCGUUCCCUCCUGUUGGGGGAGUUGGUUUGCCUGGAGUGGCCCCUCAUGUUAACCCUGCAUUUUUUGGAAGAGGUAUGCCCAUGAACGGUAUGGGAAUGAUGCCCACAGGUGGUGUAGAUGGGCCUAAUAUGGGAAUGUGGUCAGAUCCCAGCAUGGGAGGAUGGGGUGGUGAUGAGCAUGGUGGUGGGAGAGCUGGAGAGUCUAGUUUUGGGGAGGAAGCUGACCAUCAAUAUGGUGAGGCUACGCAUGAUAGAGGAGGUUGGCAAAAUCCAAUGAAAGAAAAAGAUAGAGCUUCAGAAAAGGAGUGGUCUGGAUCAUCUGAAAGAAGGUAUCGUGAUGAUAGAGAACCAGGAUAUGAUAGGGACAUGCCUGGGGAGAAGGAUACUGGCCAUGGUCAUGAUUGGCCAGAAAGAGGGCACCAGGAUGAUAGAGACAUUGGUCGAGAACGUGAUAGGGAGCAUGACAGGGAUAGGGAACGCUCUCGAGAUCGUGACCGCAACCGUGAUAGGGAACGUGAUCGAGACAGGGAUCGGGAUCGACAUAGGGAAGACAAAGACAGAUAUGCAGAUCAUCAUAGGUACAGGGACCGUGAGCCUGAGCAUGAUGAUGAUUGGGAUAGGGGACGGUCAUCAAGGAUUCACAGUAAGUCACGAUUAUCACAGGAGGAGGAGCAUCGCUCAAGAUCUAGAGAUGCUGAUUAUGGGAAGAGGCGACGACUUACCUCAGACUGACUUAUUUGAUGCCUCUUAUAGCAGAAGCUUCCUCUUAAAAAAUAAUAAAAAAAAAGAAUUAGUAACUGCCGAAACCUUAGGUUCAAUCAUUCACUUUUGAUGUCUCUCUCAGCUGGUGGUCCUGUGGUCAUCAUUUCAUAACCAUUCUUCGUACAGUGCCUGAAUUUGUUCACUGCUCCUAUUCGCAUGGAGCAUGGUCUCAAUUUUUCACGGAAGAAUUCUCUUGUAUUUCAUGCGUUUCUACCAACCUACAAGAUUUAACGCCCGUGCCUAGUCGUUUUAAUACAUAAUUAGCUUGAAGGGUAUUUGAGAUUUGAAGCUGUUCAGUAAAAAGACGGCGUCUUGGGUAUGGAGAAUGAUCACAGCAUUCUAAAAUUCGAGAGAGACAGUAAGAUGGGUGUUUUUCCUUUUGCCAGCAGCAUUCAUGUAGAAGUGAAACUCAUGCUUUUUAUUUAUUUUUUUAUUUUUAUUUUUGCUUCUCCCAUUUUAUGUUUUAGUUAAUUAGCACUCGAAUGAAACCAAAGCCGAAACCGAUGUUGUGUAUGAUGAUAUUUCUGGCUUGAAAUUGCUUUAAGUCCUCUGAUUUCUGAAAAGAAAAAGAAAAAAAAAAAGACUGAAUGUGAUGUAAUAGGGAUUUAUGCUGCUGAUGUGCAUUUUCUGAUGUUCUUGUA